AUGGCGUCAAUCUACAAGCGAGCCUCGAAAGCGCAAGCUGAGCAGGACGACUCCGACCUCUCAAUGAGCGACGCAGAGUCCUCGAGCACUCUUCAGGCUGACGGCGACGACGAUUCCUCUGAUGAAACAUCUGCAAGCGACAAAGACGAAACGCAAAUCUCAGAGAACAAACUCAAACAAGUCCCAGCGGAACUCCGAAACCGCAUUUUAAUGCUCACAUCUCGAGGCGUUUCGUUCAGGCAUAGACAUUUACUCACUGACCUCCACUCCUUAUUACCACACACCUACCUCGACACAAAACUUGACACAAAAUCCAACAACAACUACAACUCAGCACUGAACUCGCUAGCCGACCUCCACAGCUGCAACUACGUCUUCUUCCUCGAAGCACGAAAACAAGCACAAGAUCUCUACCUCUGGCUCGCAAAAGCGCCCAACGGCCCGACAUGCAAAUUCCACGUCGCGGGCAUCCACACCAUGGCUGAACUAGGCUUCGGAGGGAACUGCUUAAAAGGUGGACGAGGCGUGGUAGUCUUUGACAAGAGCUUCGAUGAAAUGGAAACAGGUGGUGGUGGGAAGGAAAACCUCGCGCUGAUUCGAGAAAUGCUACGAGGGGUCUUUUGUGUUCCCAGCAAGGGCGUACGAGGCAUGAAACCAUUCAUCGACCGUGUGAUAGGUAUUUACGGACUUGACAAUAAGAUCUGGGUCCGUAUUUACGAGAUCAGGGAGGGGAGUAAAGAUAAUAUCUCGACGCCAGAAGAGAAGAAGCUAUCUGAGGGUGCAGAUGUGGGUAGUGGUGUAAAAUUGGUGGAGGUUGGACCAAGGUUCAUCCUUACGCCUAUUGUGAUUCUGGAAGGCAGCUUUGGUGGUCCGGUGAUCUUCGAGAAUAAGUUGUAUGUCAGUCCGAACUUGGUCCGGAGAGAGGUGAGGUUAAAGAAGCAGGCGAAGUAUAGCCAGAGAACGUUUGAUCGAACGGAUCGCACGAGGAAGAUCAAGGAUUUGGGCUUGAAUACUGGAGCGGAGAAGAAGGUUGGUGUUGUGGAUGACCGGGUAUUGUUUCGAUGA